AUGGAAAACGGAACGGAUUUUGAGAAAGCCCCCGCCACAUCUGAUGAAGGUUCAAAGACUGUGAAGAUGGACUACCAAUCCGACUUCCCUUCACUUCCUGCUGCUCGUGCUCCUCAGGCUGCUGCCACUGGAGCAUGGAACCGUCCUCGCCCUGUUGCCGCCGCUAAUGCUUCACUCACCUUGGUACUCAACUCUGAUGAGCGUGCGAACAAAGUCAAAACUCUUGGAAAUACUACUGAAGAACACAAGAAAUGCCAACACAUUGCUAGCGCUACUGGAACAAAGAUCGAGCUCAGUGAAUCUAGAGAUGGAACUCUCACUAUUGUGAUCAAGGGUCUUCGCGGAAAGAUUGAUGAAGCUCGUUCACGCUUAGUGAAAGAUCUUCAAACUCAGGCUAACCGUGAAAUUGAGAUCCCUAAGGACCAUCAUGGAAAAAUCAUAGGAAAAGAUGGAGCCACUCUUAAGCAACUCGAGAGUGAUUCUAACUGCAAGAUUACUAUUCCAAAUAGGGAUUCUGAUUCAUCACUCAUCAAGAUUGUCGGUCCAACUGACGGUAUUGAGAAGGCUGCUGCUGCUAUUAGAGCUAUUUCCGAUAGAGAGGCCAAACUUGGUCAUGAGUCUAUUGUUUGUCCAAAACAACUAAUUCCAUAUGUACGUGGACCAUUCAAUGAGAAUUAUGAUAAGCUUGUAAGCGAUUAUAAGGUGAAGAUCAACAUCCCUCCCAAAGAUGCUGAGAGCGAGGUUAUCACCGUCACUGGAGAGAAGGACGGAGUCACCAAGACUGCUGCUUUCAUCCGCAAGGUUCUUGAAGAGAAGAAAAACACUGUUCAUAUCAACUUCAACGUUUCCCACACUCAACACAGAUACAUCCGUGGUCCACAACACAGUGGAAUCCACCAAAUUCUCAAGGAAACUGGAGUAAUCGUUGAGAUUCCUGCCGAAGAGGAAGAAAAAGAUGAGAUCAUUCUUCGUGGAGAUGCCGCCAAGCUUGGAGAUGCUAUCGCUAUGGUUCUCACCAGAGCCACCUCUAGAAUCUCAAAGGCUAUUGAUUGCCCUAACUGGCUCCAUAAGCAUCUUAUCGGACCCAAGGGAUCAACCUUGGCUACUCUUGUACCAAACAGAACCAAGGUUCAAGUCGAGUUCGAAGGAAACAGUAUUUAUCUCGAGGGAGCCCCAGAGGAGUUGAACCCUGCCUAUGAAACUUUGUUCAAGGAGGCUGCUCGUCUCCAGAACGAGUUGGCCAUCGAUAAGAUUAAGGUUCACCCAACCCUUCACCGUCACGUUAUUGGAAAGGGCGGAGCUUUAAUUUCCAAGAUCAAGGUAGAAAGCGAAGUUCAAAUUCACAUUCCCAGCGGAGACACUGGAUCCGAUGAGAUCACCAUCGAAGGAAAGAAGGCCGGAGUCAAGAAGGCCGUUCAAGAAAUUAAAGCUAUCGUUUCCAAGAUUGAGAACGAGAAGUCUAAGGAUAUCAUCAUUGAGCAACGUUUCCACAAGAUGAUCAUUGGAGCCAAGGGCUCUGAAGUCUCCAAGAUCCGUGACCAAUUCCCCAAUGUGACUCUUACCUUCCCAGAAACUAACAAGAAAUCCGAUAUUGUCAACAUCCGUGGAGACAAGAACGACGUUGAGAAAGUUCACAAGAUCCUCCUCAACACUGUUAAGGAACUUAAUGAGAACAAUUAUCAACAAGUUGUUCCAAUCUUCAAGGAGUUCCACAAGAACAUCAUCGGAAAGGGAGGAGCCACUAUUCGUAGAAUCAGAGAAGAGACCGAGACCCGCAUUGAUUUACCUGAGGGAAGCUCCGGAGAAGACAAGAUUACUGUCACCGGAAAGCAAAAGAAUGUUGAGAAGGCUAUCGAACAGCUGAACAAGAUUCAAAACGAGCUCGCCAAUAUUGUUAACAUCGAGCUUGAUAUUCCCGUCAAGGUUCAAUCCCGUCUUUUGGGAGGUGGAAGACGUCUUGUCAGUGACAUCGAAACCGAAUGUGGAGGAGUUCAAAUCAAAUUCCCAUCAGAGAAAUCUGAAUCCACCAAGGUCACUGUUCGUGGCCCCAAGGAUGAUGCUGCUAAGGCUGAGAAGCUCUUGGCUGCUCUCGCUAAGGACAAAGAACAAGACCUUCUUGAAGAAACUGUCACUGCUAAGCCCGAAUACCACAAAUUCCUUAUUGGUAAGGGAGGAGCCAAGAUCAACAAGCUCCGUGAGAACUACGAUGUUCGCGUCAUGUUCCCAAGAGAAUCUGAUACUGAUCAAGAGACAAUCCACCUUCUCGGAAAGAAAGAAUGCGUUCUGACCGUUAAGAAGGAUCUUGAAAAUGCCAUCAAGGAGUUGAAUGAAACUGUUGAAAUCCAGGUUGAUAUCGACAGCAAACACCACAAGCACUUCCUUGUUCGUGGAGCUGCCGUUCUUAAGGAAAUCCAAGAUCAGAACGGAGGUGUCCGUAUUUCUUUCCCUAAGGAGGGAAACAGUGUCACCGUCAAGGGAUCCAAGACAUGCGUUGAAUCUGCCAAAUCUCGUAUUGAAGACAUCAUUGAAGACAUUGAGAACCAAGUGACCCUCAAGGUUGAGAUCCCAAGCCAAUACCAUCGUGCUCUUCUCUCCAACCGUGGUCAGAAGAUCCAUGACUUGCAAACCAAGCACAGAGUUCAAAUCCGUUUCCCUGACAGAAGAAAGGAAGGAGAGGUUGAUGAGAACGCCAACCCAGAUGUUGUCACCAUUGCUGGACGUGACGUCCGUUGCGAGGAAGCCAAGACUGAUCUUUUGGCUCUUGUACCAAUCCAACGUGUCAUCAACGUUCCAACUGAUGCUCACAAGAUGCUCAUCGGACGUGGAGGAGAAACUGUUCGCAAGAUGAUGCAAGAUUUCGAUGUCAACAUUUCCAUCCCUAAGGGAGAGAACGCAUCUGAGGAAAUCGUUCUUACUGGACAAGUUGAGAAUGUUGAGAACGCUCUCGAAGAUAUCAGAGAGAAGAUGAAGCAAUACGAUGCUGAAGCAGAAGAGAGAAAAUUGAAAUCCUUCCAAUUGGUCGUUGAAGCUCCUGCUGAGUACCACCAACGCAUCAUUGGACCUAAGGGAUCCGUCAUCAAUAGCCUUCGCGACAAGCAUAGUGUUCAAAUCAGCAUGCCCCGUGGUGAAGAAGCUGGAGACAGCAUUACCAUCCAAGGAAAGGAAGAGAAUGCUCGUGCCUGUGCUACCGACAUCGAAGCUAUCAUUGAUGAUAUUCGCUCCAUGUUCACUCAAGAAGUCCAAAUCGAUCACCGUUGCCACCCACGUCUCAUCGGAAGCCGCGGUAGAAACCUUAAGACCAUGAUGGAGAAGUAUGAAGUUGAGAUUCGCUUCCCACGUGAGAACGCCGCUGACGCCGACCUAGUUGUCGUCUGUGGACGUCUUGAGGACAACGUCUAUGACUGCAUCGACUAUCUUCGUGACGAAGAAGAGAAGUGGUUGGAAGAGAACCAAGACCGUGAAGCUUUCCGCGUUCAACGUGCUCCCGAACCAGAGCAAAGAAGACAACCAGCUAACGUUCAAAUCAGCAAUGCUCCAUGGCAAAUGGAUAUGGAACAAUUCCCAGACAUGGGAGUUGCCGCUCAAGCCCAACCCGUCGGAGGAGCUUGGGGAGGAAACCGCCGCUGGUAG